CUCGCGCGAGAGCGGCCCGCGCGGCGCAUCCGGUGACGUGUGCGGGCGGCGCGCGGGCGGCGCGAUGCGGGUGAAGGUGCUGAGCCGCAACCCCGAUGACUACGUGCGGGAGACCAAGCUGGACCUGCAGCGCGUUCCAAGGAACUACGACCCUGUAUUGCAUCCAUUUGAGGUUGCACGAGAAUACGUAAGAGCUCUGAAUGCCACAAAGCUAGAACGUGUGUUUGCAAAACCCUUUCUUAGUUCACUUGAUGGCCACAGAGAUGGAGUUAAUUGCAUGGCCAAACAUCCAAAAAGUUUGUCUACUGUGCUGUCUGGAGCUUGUGAUGGAGAGGUUAAAAUUUGGAACUUGACCCAACGAAAGUGUAUCCGCACUAUACAAGCCCAUGAAGGCUUUGUUCGAGGCAUGUGUGCCCGUUUCUGUGGUACAUCGUUCUUCACUGUUGGUGAUGACAAAACCGUGAAGCAAUGGAAAAUGGAGAGCCCAGAAUAUGGAGAAGAAGAAGAACCUAUACAUACAAUUCUUGGAAAGACAGUGUAUACAGGAAUUGAUCACCACUGGAAGGAGCCUGUUUUUGCUACCUGUGGCCAUCAGGUGGACAUUUGGGAUGAACAAAGGACAAGCCCCAAAUGUUCUCUGACUUGGGGUUUUGAUAGCAUAAGCAGUGUAAAAUUUAAUCCCAUUGAGACUUACCUUUUGGGAAGCUGUGCUUCUGACAGAAAUAUUGUGCUAUAUGAUAUGAGAAAAUCAACUCCAUUAAAGAAGGUUAUCUUGAACAUGAGGACAAAUACACUGUGUUGGAACCCUAUGGAAGCAUUCAUUUUUACUGCAGCAAAUGAAGAUUACAACUUAUAUACUUUUGAUAUGCGCUUUCUUGAAUCACCUGUAAUGGUGCAUAUGGAUCACGUGUCUGCUGUUCUUGAUGUGGAUUAUUCACCCACUGGGAAAGAAUUUGUGUCUGCCAGCUUUGAUAAGUCCAUCCGCAUUUUUCCUGUAGACAAAGGUCACAGCAGGGAGGUUUAUCAUACCAAACGAAUGCAGCACGUCAUCACUGUAAAAUGGACUUCAGAUAACAAGUACAUUCUGUGUGGCUCAGAUGAGAUGAAUAUUCGCCUGUGGAAAGCUAAUGCUUCUGAAAAGCUGGGAGUGCUUGCACCCCGAGAGAAGGCAGCUAUGAAUUACAACCAGAAGCUGAAGGAGAAGUUCCAGUUUCACCCCCAGAUCCGGCGCAUCGCUCGGCACCGACACUUGCCCAAGAGCAUUUAUUGCCAGAUCAAGGAGCAGCGCAUCAUGAAGGAGGCUCGGCGGCGCAAGGAAAUGAAUCGUCGUAAGCACAGCAAGCCGGGAUCUGUGCCAUUUGUGCCAGAGAGGAAGAAGCAUAUUGUGGCAGUAGUGAAAUAAUUGUUUUCAAAUGUACAAAAAGCCACAAUGAAUGAAAAAUGUCACUAUUAAAAGAAUACACUGUAGAAAAUUUGAUGGACUUUGGUAAGACAGCAUGUGGUUUCAGAAACAUGACUUUUCUUCCAAGUUUGUUCAUCCCCUGACUUCUGUUUUGAGUAGCUAUGAGAAUUUCCCCUGUAAUCUUUUAUUGCAAUUUGUUGAUGUUACUGGCUGAACACUGGAUAUUGCAGCGGUGUUUGACCCUUUUGAUACAAGCAGAUAACUUGGUGGAGAAUAUCUGCAAUUCCAGUUCUAUUCCUUGGUACUGUUACUACAGAAAGACAAAACAGAUUAAUACUUGUCAAAGCAAAAAAACCUGCUUCAUACAGAGUUACAAAAAUUAUUGUCCUUAUGCUGUCCUUUUUAAAAAUUUUUAUUUGAACAAAUUUAAUAAAGUGAGCUUAAGCAAUGGACUAGAUUUUGAUUAUUUCAACUGAUUAUUCAAAAUGUCUACAUUAUGCUUAUUACAGUCCGGCGUGUUAUUUUUCUUUUAUCCAGAAAGAAAUUCAACAGGAUUUUCAGACAUCUGUAAACAUUAAUAAUUUUGCUCAGUUUUUUUAACUGUUUUUAUGCAACUUUACCAAACCUCAGACCGUUAAGUUGCUAAUACUGCUAAUUACUUAGUUGAAUAUUUUUUUCUCUUUAAGACUUGGAAAAUCUGGAUGAAAAAUCACAUAAAUUUUAUAAACCACAGAAAUCCCUUUGGAUGAGUUUUAUUAUAAGCUUUCUAUUUUACAUUUAUAGAAGAAAAAUGGAAGUUUCAUACUUUACAAGGUAUCUGUAGCCCAAAGUUCCUUUACAGUUUGCCUGGGAAACACCCUAUUUCUCUUUCAGUGCAACAAACAGCCUUUUACUGAAGUUACCAAGGUGAUGAGAAAACUGUACUGUAAUUAAACUAGGCUGUCUAGACUAAGGAGAGAUAUGAGAUAUGUAAUAACUGUAAUGUUGCUUAACAUAAUUUGUACAAAAAGUUCUUUUUAAGUCUUAACACUACAGUGUGUAAUGACACUCCCAUUGCCCUGAGCUUAUGCGUUAAAAAAAAAAAAAAAUGUACUCAAUUAGAGUAAACGUAAUACUUUUUUUUUUUUUAAAUCUGGAAAUUGAGUGCUUGCCUUCAUACAGUAUCCUGCUUAAUAUAUCUGCUGACACUAAUCCCUCUGCAUUUCUGGUUCUUACUCUUUAACUUGUCUCUUGCAGUACUGUUUGGGCAAGAUUCCUGAAUCAUCAUGGCAAAAUUAUGACUCUUUGGUGAUAAGAGUCUAUAAUGUAUCUUUGACUCUCUGGAUCACUUACCUUUAUGGCAUGAUGCAGGAAGAGAAGCAGAUCUGAAGAGCUAUAAGUAGGAUGAUGAGAAGAAGUGGAACAGAUCAGGAAAUAGGCUGAUGCUGGCUGUGUGCCUGUUGUACAAAUACGGUGCACUCUGUGCCAAAUACAGUUUAUUUUCUUCCUGAAAUACUGAAAAAAAUUGAGCAAGAAUAUGCAGUCCAAAAUGUGGCUUGUGACACAGCUGUAGUCAAGUCUUGCACGAUUUGCAAAACCAGACUAAUCUCCUGAAAUGUGAUUAAAAAUUUUCAGCCUUGUCAGUUUUGCAAGAGUUGAAGCUGUUGAUUAUUGAUUUGUUGAGUCAUGGUAACCUCUGGUGUGAACAAGUCCUGCUGCUUGGAAUUUAUUAGCUUUGGUACAGAUCUCUGAAUGUAAAGAGAGCUUUCAGUUGUGAAGUUGCUUAGGUUGUGGUGUGGUAUUGGUGUGGAGCAAUGGGUGUGAGCCAUGUCCAAAGGAUUUCCUCGUGUUCUAACACCUUUAUAAACUGUUGUUUUCGGAGAGAAUCCAAGUGGUGCAGCUCAAAAGGAUCAGGGCUGGCUAAAAAUUGCUAGAAAUAUUGUAACUAUGCUGGAAAAAGGCAUUUUAAUGUUAGGAGGGUACUCAGAGGCUGUGCAUUUGGUUAUGAAUUCCUUUUCCAAAAUCUUUAGGUAUAGUUGUACACAGAGAUUCAUCUUGGCAUCAAGUGGGGCACCCUCUUAGCAUUCCAGGAAAAAGUCUGUUUUCAAAAGUCAAGUCUUGCUGUGACUUCUAGAAACAUGCAAGGUGUAAAAUCAUUGUAGCUCUGAACUGGGGCUUUCUACUUGGGAAAAAAAAAAAUCAGACAUUUGGAAUUUUGCAGGUAGUGGCUGCAAUCUGUCAAUUCACAGGAUUUGUACAUUGUUGGGCUAGCUGCUGUUGAUUUAUCCCUUUUGGAAACCCUUACAGUUUGUCUCUGAUGCUUUUUGUGGUCAUCCACCUGAAGUACAUAAUGCCACAGCACUCAAAAACAUUUAUUUAAAUGUAGUAGUUGCCGGGUGGUAGCUGUGCUUGCAAGAAGUACUCAUGUAAGUCUGUUACAGGCCAUUGCUGAAAUGGUUUAGAAAUUAAAAUAAAGGAGUUGGAGCCAUCAGCUCCAUCAAAUAAAAAUCAGUUUUUAUUUGGCAGGGUUUUUUAUUAUUUUUUUCCCCUCAGUGAUUUGAGAUGUGUAAUCGGACCUCAUCUUAAUUACCUUAAUGGAGUUACCUAGAUUUAUCAAAAUGAUUAUAUGUAAAAUGACUGUGCAUAUCUGCAUGUGUGUGUACCCGAGUGUAUGCAGAAUAAAAUCCUUAGUACCACA